UCUUCUACUAUUCUUCUAUUCUAUUUUCUGGUUUCUCUCUUCUCUCCCUCUCUUUUCUCUUUGGUUUUCUUUUUUUAAAAAACCCUAGAGAGACGAAAGGAAGGGUUGCGGCGUUAGUGAGAGUAAAGAGUAAAGAGCAUUCCAUGACCGUUUGGGAUGAAGGAGUGAGAAACACUGAGAGAGGGAGUGGUGGUAUAUCAGAGAGGAGAUGUUAAAAUUGGGAGACAACGAUGGAAAGCGAAAGUAGGAUUUUGGAGUAAGGGAAGAAAUCGGAAAAGAGUGAUAGGUAAAAUGGCGUUCAGAGGAAAAGAAAUGAUGAAGAAAAUUCAGAAGACGGUGGGAGAGAAUGGUUUGAGUCAAAGAGAUAAGAAAACGUUGGAGAAAAGCGUGCCUCGAAGCAAGGUUGUGAUGAAUCGUGCCAAACGUGGUCUCUUUGCUGGGCGACACAUUCAGUUUGGGAAUAGUGUCAGUGAAGAUGGCGGUAACAAGACAAGGAGAACUUGGAAACCGAAUGUCCAGGAAAAGCGGCUCUUCAGCUACAUCCUAGAUCGUCACGUUCGUGUUAAAGUGACCACACAUGCCAUCCGAUGCAUAGACAAGGCAGGUGGGAUUGAUGAGUAUUUGCUGAAAACUCCUUAUCACAAGAUGGACACUGAAAUGGGCAUUCUAUGGAAGGCAAAAAUUGAGAAAUUGUAUGAAGAGCUUGGCCAAAAGGAGGUUGUAUUCUUUUCACCCGAGGCUGAAGCGAAGUUUGAGCAGGACUUUAAAGAUUUGAAAUUGUCUGAAAGGGAAGCACAAAAGGAGGUCAGAAGAAAGAUGUACACUGGGAUGAGCAAGCACGAACGGGUUCCUAUUUCGUAUAUCUUAGCUGCUGACAAGCUCAAAGCUGGAAGCGUUGUUUCUAAUUAAUGUAUGUUGUGUCAACUGAUACUUGCGGUGUAAGCUUUAUUAGCUCAGAGUGUGAAAAAUCUUUUAUUUGAUUUUUGGAUCAUAGUGGUUUCUUCAGAUAUUCUUGUUGAAAAGCUUUAAACUUUGGGUAGUGAAAAGCAUAAUCUAUUGUGUCAAAAUAAUAAUAUAGUUCUAUUUUUCUAGCGAGACUGUAUUUCCCGAGGUGCAACUUGGUAGAAAUCAAUAAAAAGGGUAGUGUUCUCACGUUA